AUGGGUAUUGGCGGAGGAGAAGAUCGUGAUGGUGAAGGCGUUAUGAUGGCCGAAGAUUUCUUCUGGUCAUAUACCGACGAACCACAUGCUUCUCGCCGUCGUCUAAUUCUCUCCAAAUACCCUCAAAUUAAGGAGCUCUUUGGUCCUGAUUACUCCGCAUUAUUCAAGAUUAGUGUUGUUGUUGUACUUCAGCUUGGUACUGCUAUCUUUCUUAAAGAUGCAGGAUGGCUGAAGAUUCUUCUUGUAGCCUAUUUUUUCGGUUCAUUUCUCAACCACAAUCUUUUCUUGGCAAUCCAUGAGAUGAGUCACAAUCUAGCUUUCUCGUCUCCGGCAUGCAACCGUUGGCUUGGGAUUUUCGCUAACCUCCCAAUCGGCGUCCCCAUGUCAGUAACCUUUCAAAAGUAUCACUUGGAGCACCAUCGUUUCCAAGGCGUAGACGGGGUUGAUAUGGACAUCCCUAGUCUCACGGAAGCACAUGUUGUAACGAAUAUUUUUGCGAAAACCAUUUGGGUCUUUUUACAGCUAUUCUUCUACGCGUUGCGGCCGUUGUUUCUUAAACCGAAGCCUCCUGGUUUAUGGGAGUUUAUGAACUUCUCUAUUCAGAUUGCCCUUGACGUGUCGAUGGUUUAUUUCUGGAGUUGGAAAUCCUUGGCUUAUCUCAUACUUGCGACGUUUUUAGGUGGAGGGAUGCAUCCGAUGGCGGGCCAUUUCAUUUCAGAACAUUAUGUAUUCAAACCUGAACAAGAGACAUAUUCUUACUAUGGACCUCUGAAUCUUCUCACAUGGCAUGUAGGUUACCAUAAUGAACACCAUGAUUUUCCGAGAAUUCCAGGACACAAACUUCACAAGGUGAAGGAGAUUGCUCCCGAGUAUUACGAUAGUUUGUCGUCGUAUAAAUCUUGGAGUCAGGUUAUUUACAUGUAUAUUAUGGACAGUACAGUUGGACCUUAUAGUAGAAUGAAGCGAAAGCGGAGCAAAAAUGAAUGA